AUGCCUCUUGGUAUUAUUGACGCGAAACUUGGGAAGGAUGCAGUUCUUACGGGGACCGUCCAUCUUGUCAGAACAUCUAGUACCAGUGAUUCAGACCACGACGCCCCAAGCCGGAGUAGCAUUCUCAAAAGAACGAUCUACAUGGGAGUUGACACGGUCUUGGUCCCUCAACCAUCCUUGAACGAUCCAAAUGACCCAUUGCUCUGGACCAACUGGCAGAAGGAAGCGGCUUUUUGGGUUAUCUUUUUCAACACCAUCAUCUUCGCUUCGCUUCCUGGUCCCAUGCUUAGCCCGGCCACGUUUGCCCUUGCCCCCAUCCUUGGCGUAAGCAUCACAAAAGUUGCUGAGUUGUCUGGUUACCAUCUCCUCGUUGUUGCGGCUAUAGGACCCUUGGUUUCGAUCCUUGCACAGCAGUAUGGAAAACGCCCGCAGUUUCUCUUCGCCGCCAUUGCCGGAACCCUCGGCACCGCAGUCUGUAUAGCAGGGUCUCAGAGGUCCCAGUAUAACACAAUAUUCGCUGGUCGUAUGAUUCAAGGACUGGGUGCUACCGCUUGGGAGAGUUUAGCGCUUGCGGCAAUUGGGGAUUUAUUCUAUCUUCAUGAGCGCGGCUGGAGGAUUGCCAUGAUGGUCGCCUCGUCAGCUUGCACCGUUUCGAUGACAUCAAUCGUCAGCGGAGUUAUGGCAGAGCGCCUUGGUUACAAGGUCCUGUUCAUCGCCGAACUGCCAUUCAACCUCGCGGGGCUCAUCAUGACAGUUGCUUUGCUCCCUGAAAUGCAGUUCAAACGACCAGCUGUUACCCAGCAAGACAUAGCUCCAAGUUCUCAAUCCAACAGCGAAGCGGAGACUACGGCCGUCAAAGGGCAUCUCGACAUCGACGUCACAGCAGCCAAGAACACCAUCGCCGAGACUGGUGUGGUCAUCGUCCCAAAGAAGACUUUGGCGCAAAUGCUAUCACCAUGGUCUCAACAGACGUACACAGAUCAGAACAUCAUUCGCUUGCUAGCUGAACUCUUCGUCAACUUCAUUAACCCAGCUGUGCUUUGGAUUCUGACCGUCAGUGCGGUUCUCAAUGCUUGCUUUGUAGCAUCCAGCUACAUUCUAUCUCAGAUCUGGUCGAUGCCACCUUACAACCUCAACAUUGAGCAAAAUGGCUUUUUCUGGGCUGGCGCACUGAUUGGCGGUUUGUUUGCCAUUCCUGCUGGCUCACUCUGCGACUUUUCUGCGAUGAUCAUGUCGAAAUGGAAUGGCGGCGUCUAUGAGGCAGAAUUCCGGAUCCCUGUCAACAUACUUGGUGCCGCCCUGAGUGGGCUCGGUUGGUUCCUGCUCAUGUGGGUGGUUGAUCACCCCUCCACGAACGGAUACUUCCUCGGGGCUUUCUGCUUAGGCUGUAUGGCUUUUAGUAUUUCGGUCCCCUCGACUUCUGCUGGGCUUUAUAUCUUGGACACAUUCCCACAACGAUCCAGCGAGAUUUUCAUUGUACAGAUGAUGCUUAAGAACUUCUUGUUUUAUUCUUUUUCGACAUUCAUCAAUACGUGGACUACUGAAGCCGGGCCUGGGACUGUCCUUAUGGUCCUAGGAACUGUCUCCCUCGGGCUUUUCACCACCUGCAUUCCUAUGUACAUCUUUGGAAAGUUGAAUAGAAGAUGGAUAACCAGUCUCUAUGCCAAACACCGCUUCCUUCGACGACUUGCCGAAUAG